CGAUCUUCCCAGAACAGAGGGGACAGUCAUUGAAGAUGGGCGCUGCGUGGGUGUCGGCGCUUCAGCUUAUCAGUCUUCACUACGCCACAGCUGCCUCGAUGCGGAUAUGCGAUCGUGACGUGCAAAAGAUGCUUCCUUUUUGCAACCCGUCGUUGUCGCUGGACGAACGUGUGGAGGACCUUGUGGCACGCAUUCCUGAAGCUGCUGUGCCUGGCCUUCUUGGUGACAAUGCUACAUUCAUCUCCAUCCCAGGCGCCCUUGAUCUGCCCUCGUACGGGUGGUGGAGCGAAGGCUUGCAUGGCGUUGGUAUCUCACCGUCGGUACGCUUCACAGCUCCAACGCCCGUCGCGACGAGCUAUCCUCAAAUUCUUAAUCUUGCGUCGUCGUUCAAUCGUGAUCUGUUUGCCGCAGUAGGUGCUGCCAUUUCCACAGAAGCAAGAGCAUUUCACAGCGUUGGGCAUGGUGGCUUGACUUACUGGGCACCCAACAUCAACCUGUAUCGCGAUCCUCGAUGGGGUCGCGGGCAAGAAACCCCCGGCGAAGACCCCUUCUUGACCGCUGAAUACGCUGUCGCAUUUGUCAGCGGCAUGCAAAAUAGACCCAAUGCUACAUCACCAUGGAACGCAUCCUUUCUCCACGUGUCAGCAUGCUGCAAGCACUUUUCAGGGUACUCGCAAGAGGUGCCUCGGCACUCGUUGGACGCAAUCGUGACUGCUCAAGAUCUCGAAGACACUUACUUGGUCGCUUUUGAAGCAUGCGUGUCGCGCGGUGGUGCGUCAUGCGUCAUGUGUAGCUACAACGCAGUGAACGGCGUUCCAUCUUGCGCCGAUCGACACUUCCUCACGCACGUCGUGCGGAAUCGGUGGAACUUUGACGGAUACAUCAUUUCAGACUGCGGCGCAGUGUACGACGUGUUGUGGCAUCACCGAUACACGCACACGGCUGCGGAAACCUGCGCCGCGACGCUCGAGGCUGGCAUGGAUCUCAAUUGCGGCGACUUCGUCCAGCUCAACCUCCCGCACGCCAUCGACCACGUGGAUAAAGCAGCAUGGAAGCGUGCGCUGAGGAACUUGUUCCGAACGCAAAUGCGCCUUGGGCUGUUUGAAGCCACUGCGACCGCGCCCUUUCGAGACAGCUCACCGGCAGAUAUUGAUACACCAGCUCAUCGGCAGCUGGCGCUCGAUGCUGCGACUCAGAGUAUUGUGCUGCUGAAGAACGUUGGCAAAACGUUACCGUUGGACAAGGACGCGGUCGACGCCGGCAACCGAUUAGCGCUCCUCGGGCCGCAUGUUCAUGCAACGACAGCUCAACUUGGCAGCUACGCAGGAGUUCCUCCGUUCAUCGUGUCGCCCUUUGAAGGUGUGACCGCCACGCAUGUGCCUUCGUCGUUCGUGGAUGUCCAUGCCGCAUGCACCGUCGGAGGGGAGGAGUUGGCGGAAGGUGCAAUUGCCAUUGCCGCCAAGGCAGCCCACGUCGUGCUCGUUGUUGGGAUGGACCAAAGCAUUGAAAGCGAAGGAAUCGAUCGUGCGACGUUGGAAUGGCCUGGCCGACAACGCGAGUUGAUUGCGCGAGUGGCGGCAGUGGCAAUGCGACCCAUUGUCCUCGUCCUGGUCUCGGGCGGUCCUGUGGACCUCGCGGAGUUUGAAGUGCACUCCAAUGUCGGCGCGAUCGUAUACGCCGGAUAUCUUGGCCAAAGCGGCGGGACCGCCAUUGCUCAGGUUCUGUUUGGUGACGUGAACCCAUCUGGCCGACUCGCACACACGUUCUACCGCGCAUCGUUUACGUCGGAAGUCUCCAUCUCCGACAUGCACAUGCGACCGCAUUCGACUUCCUUGGGGCGGACGCAUCGGUUUUACAUGGGUGCCCCGGUGUACCCGUUUGGUCACGGGCUGUCGUACACCGUGUUUCAUUACUCGAUCACUUGUGAUGAGUGCGACGGCACUGGCGCCGUGCGACUGCGAGUGACGGUGGAGAACGUUGGGGAAUUGGUCGGUGACGUCUCGUUGCUCUGCUUUGCUGCCCCACCGCGCGCCGGUACCAUGGGUAGACCUCUGCAGACCCUCGUGGGGUUUGAGCGCGUGAACGGCCUCCGACCUGGCGACGACCACACGUGGCAAUUCGCUCUCGAUCCAGCCACUGUCUUUAUGCUCGCAAGCAAAGAUGGAGUCAAGCAUCUCGUUCCAGGUGCAUGGACAUUCCACGUGGGUGAUGCUUCAGUGACGGUUGACGUCCACGGCGAUGUAAAGAAAUCCGCUGCAAAGAGGUCGACGAAUUCAAAUAGAAGUCGAGUAUGGUCGAGUGAGCCCGACGAAGGUCAGGAAGACUCAACCUAAUCGAACGGUCCAACUAUGUUGUGUCUCCAUGCGAUGAUGAGUCGUUCGUUUCUGCUUGGUGGCGUGAAGU